AUUCCAGACUUACCUGCACGGGAAAUCUGUCCGGCGUUUUCGAGCUUCCAUUUUACAAGUUGGAAAGUUGGGGACGACGACACGUCAAUCUGUGAAGCAACUGCUCGGCACAGCGAGGACAAGGCAGCAGCCGCGCAGGAGCACGCGUUUGACAUCAACGCCGUGCCCGAGCCUCUUGUUGAUGAUGCUUAUGUCGACCAGGCCGACUAUCCCAGUCUGGAUGACGUGGCAGACGACGACGAUGACACGGCGUGCGCCACGCUCGGCGUAGGCGGCAACAACACCUGCCUCACUGUGGGCUGGGGCGGCCAGCAUGCAGGCUCCUCCAUCACCGUCCCGCCCUCCUUGGAGGCCGUCCAUCUCAAGCAACAUCUCGCAACCUCGACACAGGAGUACAGCUAUUUUGAUACGCGAGUCAUGUCAGCUUGGGCUGGGCCAGGUCACUGGAAGUUCAAGGCGAUGGCUGCUAAAGACAGAGUAGCAGCUUCAGGCACCACGACCGGUGAGAAGAAACGCAAGAAAGAUCCGUUUGAGCUGAACUUCCGCCUGACUGACAAGGUGCGCUCGGAGCUGGACAAGUUGCUCAGCCGCGGCCGCACUGACAACAAACUCACGCAGUACACAAUCAAGAAAUGGUGCGAGGCGAACACCACACUGCCUGCUGACCUACGCUUCGACCCUGCCGACUUUUCUAAACUCCACGGGCGGGACGAGCUUGUGGUGCGACGGGAGGCGGGCGCUCCCGACGCCCCAGAAGAAGAGAAGCCUGUGGACGGCUCUGCUGCUCCGCAAUAUCCUGACGAAGAUGACGACGGCUGCCAGGAUAACCAGGGAGACACAUCAGGAGGUGGGUACGACAUGACCCUCUUCAGCCAGACUCUUGCUCCUAACCUCCCUGCCUCGUGUGCGCCUGCUGACUUCCUUGGCGAUAACCUCGUGUCUGCCCCCAACAAGGUAGCAAAGAUUAACAUCGGCUACGCCCGAACAGCAAAGCGUAUGGACAUGAAGAAAUUGAAAGGAACUGUGUGGCAGAUGCUGACUCCUUCAAUGCAAGACAAAGAAAACGACAGGAACAGUGCCAACGUAGACCAGUCGGGAAAGCCUACCAAUGAUCGGAUGGCAGUCGGGCAGCGCUACAAGUUCUCAGAAGUUUAUCGCACUUUACCCAACCGCCUCAACGCUAGCAUGGCCGAGAAUCUUUCAUUUCCUCUUGCAUUUAUUGCUCUCUUGCAUCUGUGUAAUGAAAAGAAUUUAGUGCUCACUCCUGAUGGUAACCUGUCUGACUUUAUUGUGCAGCAAGACUAACCUUUUUGCUGUAUAUUGUGUGAACCGUGUAAUAUAUACAUUUAAUUUAGCAGCGAUGCCUGCUCUUGCGCCGUCAAUCCUAUUCGACACUGAUAAAUUUUGAUGUGGUGCCUUGAACGGUAUUCUAUGAAUCUGUGGAUGUUUGGUGCAUCUGUACCUGCUUGUCUUCAACCUUACUUACAUUUUAUUGCACGCGGUAGAACAUAAUUGUUUUCUGUUGCUUAACAUUCGACGCUGCAUUGCCGCUUUUUUCUAGAUAGAGAAUAGAUGUAGCAUUUUCCAUCAUUCAGCUGUGUUACGUGAACAAGACAACGGACAGCGCUUUCUUCUUCUCCUGACAUCAAGAAUCUGACUUGUAGUAAUAGCAUUCCUUGUUUCUUCAAAGUUAAUACAGUCUUAAUCAUCAUUGUUUAGAUUUCUGUUGCUAUUUAGAAGACUUCUUCUUUCAUUGAUGCAAGUUUACAGUUUUAUGUGUAGUGGUAGGGAUAGCAUUUUCGCUAUACUCGCGCUCGUUUCAAAUUUCGCCUUAAUUCCUGUGGCUUCUUGCUCUACGCGGAUUCUGCUUUAGUUAGUUUCAACGUACAUGCUACGAAAUAUAUAAAACGUAUGACUGGAGCACAGAUGAUCCACAAAUACCUGACAUCAAUUGUUUUGGCAGCCAAAUGCUUUGACUGUAACGUCUCGGCGCCAAGCCGCCAUUGACAGUGCCUGCCUUCGUACUUGCCGGGCCCGCGUGCUGCUGCUAAACAGAAGCCAGUCAGACUGUACUCAGAAAUUCAUGUCAGUUAAUCUAUGCAUUCCUAAAGUUAUCUAAACUUACAUUUUGUGCAAAAAUUUUUUAAUAAGUGUGUGAUUUUAGCUUUUUCAGUUGAGUGCAUUUUAGUUAGAACUUUCUUCUAUGAUUCUGGCUUAUAUGAAUUAGUUGUACCUGUGCUCUGAUAGCUUUUCCACUGCUCAUUUGUGUACAUGUUAGUUUUAUUUAAACUUAUUCAACUGAUCUUUCGUGCAAAGUAUCUAAUAUUAUUUUGACGUUAAACCGCUGAAAAAUGUUAGCAAAGCUGAUUUCUUUGAUAUAAUUUUUAUGGGUGUAUUCUGAUUCUUGAGAAGCACAAGCUUGAAAUUUCUUCAAAGCUAUCCGGGUAAUUAGCAAUUUUAUUUUCUUUAUUGAGCAAGUCUCCAAAUGCUAUAUAGUUAGUAUUAGACAUGGUAGUAUUAGAGGACUAUUUUUGCCGAUUAAAUGUGCAUGAGAAUUUCUUGUAAUGUUCAAAAUUGUGUAUUUGUACUUAGCCAAUGUUGAACUUAGGCCCUUUGCCUCAAAGGAUGUGCUUUAGAUUUCUACAUACUCUUUUUGCUUUCAAUAGAGAAGUUGUUUUGACUUUUUCUGAUCAAUCUUAUCUCUUUUUUUUCUGCAUGGAAAUCACUGUUAUUUUAACGACUUUAAAGAAUGUAUUAUCGGGAGCCUAUUUUCUCAAGCCUUGUAUCAACUCAAAUAAGCCUUGAGGAACAAUUGAUAAAUCACGAAUUUUUUGUGUGCGUUCUCUAAUUUCUAAUAGCCUUUUUAUGAUGAAUGAUGAAGUUCAUGAUUAAUGCAGAAAUAUUUGAAAUACCUUCUAGGACCGGAGUUUUUCAACAGUAUCUCAAGCAGUAAACAGGCGUAGGCGAUUUGCUUUCACGUGGUUUGCAGUUGUAGCGACUAAAAAAUAUUUCAGUCUGCUCUUAUGAGGUCAUGUAAUUUUUACUAAUUCAAACCAACAGCAAGACAUCUAUAUUCCAGUCGGUUUCCAAGCGUAAUUUAGGCUGAUGUACACACGUUUACCAAUAUUUGAUUAAAGUUUUUGUGACCUAUUUUAUAAAUUGGAUGAACUUGGCUCGUGUACAUAAAUAUGCUCGUUCG